AUGAAAUAUGCUUUUUCAUAUUUUGUUUCAGCCCGAAAUCCCGGCCCUUUCCCCGGGACGGGCUCCCCUCGUGGAAUUGUGGCCCGGGCCAAAUUUCCGGCCAUUUGGAAGCCCACGCCGCGGGGCGGACGCUCCCCGUUCCCAUCGAUUUCCCCGGGGCAGGCGCUCCCCACCCUAGGCGUCCGGGUGCCGCUCCCUCGUGCGGCUCGCGAGCGCCUCCGCCUCCUCCGCUGGCGGCCGUCGCUCCGCCCCUGCGCCUCCCUGUCCAAGCCGCACCGCUGCUCAGCCCUACCGCCGCUCGCAUCCACCCCUGCGCCUCCCCGUCCAAGCCGCACCGCCGCGUCCUCAGUCUCCUCCGCCUCCUCCUCCCCAUCGAGUCCUCGAGUUGAAGGCGCCGUCGUCGCUCCGCCCCUCCGUCUCCCUGUCCGCGGCUUCCCUGGGCGCGGCUUACAUGUCCGCUUCGCGAUGGCCGCGACGGGAGGGAAACGGAGCAGCGCCGCCUCCGGCGUCCGCCCUCCGGCUUCCGCCGCCACCGCUCCGCCCUGCGCAGACCAGGUUCCGGUCGAUCUGCAGCCGGUUAUUCUUGGCCUAGGAUUUCCUCAGGAACAAUCACCUUCAAACAAAUGGUUCAGCUCAAAGUCAUCAAAGAAGCUAAAGAAGAGAGGAAGGCUGAAGCAUGCAAGUGAUUUCCUAAAGUAUUGAUGGACAACGUAGUUUUGUGUGAGCUGUGAUAGUUGAAUGUAGUAGAUUCAGGAAUCCGACAACACUUGUCUUGAAUUUUAUUUUACUGUAGUUAUGUACCAUUUGAGUAUUAUGAAGUGACCAUUAUAUGAUGGUGAAGCUGAUUGAUGGCCACCAGUCAACUUAGUAUGGUGAUGUAGGAUUUAAUUAAUGUUGAUUUUGUAUGUUCGAUUUAGUUUCGUGGUGUAGAAUUUUAUAGAUUUUUUCAA